AUGCUUUUCUAUUUUCUAUCACUUUCAAGAUCCGACAUUCACCAAAAUAGAACCAUCACAUAUGAUAUAACUGGAAAACAUCCUCUGGCAACAUCAACACCAAUUAAUGCAGAGUUUCUCAGUGAAGGUGAUCGUAGUGCCAUUGCUCUAGCAUUUUUUCUGACGAAACUUGAUUAUGCUAUUGAGGACUCACCGAGUCCAGUGACAAGACCGACAUUGGUAUUUGAUGAUCCCGUUACAAGUUUUGAUUCUCACAGACGAGAUGUAACAAUUGAAAUUAUUCGUGAUCUAUUAUUUAAAGAUGCUAUCUUACAAGCUAUUGUUCUCAGUCAUGAUGCACAUAUUUUGAAUGACUUACUCAUCAGUGUGAACAAGAAGCAGGAGAACAGUGAUGUUAGAACUGUUACAACAGCUGAAUUUGAAAUAAAGAUUAAUGAUAUUGAAAAAACAUCAAGUUUAGUGUAA